CAUUGGAAGCGACGAGUUAGUCGCUGCUUGACCAGUGUAGCACGCGUGGCACGUGACAUAUCGUACUGAAUUACAACGUAAUUGAUACGAUUCUCUAAGCCUCGCCGUGUCACUCCGCAUAGUCGCUCGCGCAAGUGCCUCCACAAUCGCCCCGUUUCUUCUUUGUUCUGAUCGGGCUCCGUGCUUCUCCGCCGAGCGAGCAUGGCGUGGUUCCGUAGUCUGUUCGAUUUCUCUCUGAACGACAAUAAAUUAGACGAGAAACUCGGACUGACCGAGAAGCAAAAGCGACUGGUGCAGAACACAUGGGCGAUCGCUCAUAAGGACGAGGUGUCGACCGGGGUGGCCCUUGUACUCGCCUAUUUUAAGCGACACCCAGACGCUCAGAAAGAAUUUAAGUCAUUUAAAGAUGUUCCUCACGAUGAACUGUCAAAAAAUAAAAGAUUUCAAGCGCAUUGUGCCAAUAUCAUAGCGACACUUGGCAAAGUGCUCGAACAAAUGUACGAUCCGGAAUUGAUGGAAGCGAGCAUAAUUAAUUUUGUUGAGAAGCACAAGCACCGCGGGCAAACACGGCAGCACUUUGAGGAUUUGAAACAGGUAAUAUUGGAUAUUCUUCCAUCUGUAUUUGGAAAACAAUACACUCCAGAAGCGCAGGAGGCUUGGAAGAAAAUGUUGGAUUUGCUCUUUUCAAAAAUUUAUAAAGUUUACGCUUAAGCUUGAGAAUGCCUGCGUGUAAUCGCGAUUAUUAAAUUGUAAUUUGUAAUCGAACACGAAGCUGUGACGCGACUUGUAUACGUAUCGCUUUUUUAAGAUAACAUCUAUCGAGAAGUUUAAUUAUAACAGUGAUAUGUUUUACUCGUGGAAUGAUAUUAAAAAAAAUGUGUAUAUAUAUAAGACUAACUUUUUACGCAAUGAAGAUUAACACUGAUUGUUUCUAGCAAUUAUAUUGACUGACGAGAAAUUAACUUUUAAUAAUGAAAUUGACUUUUCCGGAAAUGAAAGAUGAUUAACAAUGAUAUGACAAUAUUGUAAAGAGAUUUGUACAUAUUAUAUGUUUGCGUGGCAAUAAAUAUAUCUUAGAUUGAAAAA